GUUGUCUACACCAUUUCAGAUCGCGAGGCGCAUUGGUCGGACACAAGCUACCCCAGCAUCAUUGCCGGCGACGACGAGCACAGCUCCUUCGUUUCUACCGUCAGCAAUCGCGCGGCGAGGUGGAAGAUGCGGACUCUGAUGACCUUGAUCACUCCGAGUAUAGCGGCGACUCCGAAACCGAAUACGCCACCACCGCUUCUGACGUGCCGAACUCUCCGCCUGGUGAGACGCAACGGCCUGACGGCGACGGCAACGCGUCGUCGAUGAGCGAGGCGAUGAGCGACGCCGAUCGCGGAAGCGAUACGUCAGAUGACUCAGUGGAAAGCGACGACGAGGAGCGACACGGUGUCCGCGACAACGAUAACUUUGACACGCUAUAUGAGUUCUUCCGGUUCAUUGCCAGCUGCAACGGUGGCAGAGGGCUCACGGACGAGUCCACGGCUUGGCUCCUAAGCAUCCUGAACGACCCGAGAUGUGAUGUCAGCCGCCUCCAGCAAUGGCGGUCCAAACGCGCCGUGAAGCAGCCACACUGGAUAUCUUUGGCAACCCAGACAACGAGGACGGGUUUAUCCUAUUUGCACAACCGAACAACAGUGGUGCCGGGCGAGUCUAUACAACCCCAGCGACCGGCACCUACUGGGAGGAAGCGCAG